GGAUUUUUAAUCACGUGACAGGAGGGAGUGUACUCUUUCCGAACUUCCGACAACUUCCUCUUCUGAGUCAACUUUUACCUGUAAAAGUCAACAAUGUCUCACCAAACUGGAAUAUCAGCUUCGGAAGAAUUGCUGGCAGAGUUUGCUAGGGCUAAAAGUGAAUCUGUCCGUGUUUUAAAAGUUUCUAUUGAGAAAGAACAGAUGGUUUUAAGUGAAAGUUUGCCAGGCAAGAAAUCAUGGGAUGAAGAAUAUGAUGAGUUAGUUUUACCAUUGUUAGAAGAGAAGCAGCCAUGUUAUAUAUUAUAUAGAUUAGAUGAGAAGAAUACAACAGGUUAUUUAUGGAUCGUAAUAUCCUGGUCACCAGAUUUCUCACCUGUACGACAGAAGAUGUUAUACGCUGCAACAAGGGCCACAUUAAGAAAGGAAUUUGGUCAAGGUGAUUUGAAACAUGAUGUGUUUGGUACCACAAUUGAAGAUGUUAAUUUAAAGGGUUAUCAGAAACAUAAGAAAUCUUUAGAUGCUCCAGCACCUUUAACAUUUGCUGAAGAAGAACUCAAAGCUAUUAAAGACAAUGAGGUGAAUGCUGUAGUUAAUAUUGAUACAAAACAUCAAACUAUGCAAGGUGUUGCCUUCCCUUUAACUAAAGUAGCAGUAGAAAAACUAGAAGAACUUAAAAAUGGUGAUAUUAAUUAUGUUCAAUUAAGUUUGGAUAUUACAAAAGAAAUUAUAAAUCUUGAAGAAUCUGGCGAUGUAAAAAUUGGUAAUUUGCCGUCCAAAGUUCCUGAUGAUCAUCCCCGAUAUCAUUUAUUCACAUUUAAACAUACGCAUGAAGGUGAUUACAUGGAAACCACAGUAUUUAUAUAUUCUAUGCCUGGAUAUAAAUGUUCUAUAAAAGAGCGUAUGUUAUAUUCAAGUUGUAAAUCACCUGUAGUGGAUUAUAUACAGACAGUUAUAGGAAUAGAUUUAGUUAAAAAGAUUGAAUCUGAUGAUGCUAAAGAAUUAACAGAAAAAUUCAUUUAUGAAGAAGUUCAUCCUACGAAAAAUGCAGUACGACAAGCGUUUGCCAAACCAAAAGGUCCAGCAAAUAGAGGUCCUCGUCGAAUGAUUCGGGCAAAGGAAGGAGAAGAGCAAUAAUUGUAUAUUUGUACAUUUGAUAAUUUAAUUUUAGGAAUGAAAUUUUUAGGAGUGAGGAACAAUUUAAUUGAGCUAUAAAAUAAGUUGAAGAAUUUUAGGAAUGAAAUUUAAAAUGUGUCCCCUAAUUGGCAGCUCAGCACACCUCAUAUAUAUUUAGGGUUUGGAGCGAAAAAGAUAAAUUUUGAAAACUCAUUUAUCAUGAAAAAAAUAAAUCCAUUGUUAGUUGGAGAAAAGCCUCAUAAAAACAUCACUGAAGACAAUUUAUUUCAUGUGAUUUCCCUAAAAUGUAGAAAUAACAGCAUUAAUUAAAAACAGCUACACAGACGUUGUAAGCAGGAAACAACAAAUAUCAAAUCAAGUGGGUGGAUCCGUGGGUCCGCUGUAAACGUCCACUGAGCUGUACAGUCCUAGCUAGAUCUAUUUCAUAAGGUCAACUCAAGAUUUCGUCAAGGUUGCUGAGAUGUAAAUAAGGUUAGGGCAUGUGAUUGUUGGCGAGAUUGUAGGUUAGGAUAAGCGUUAGGGCUAGAUUUAGGGUUAGGGUUGGGAUAAGCGCUUUGACCAAACGUGAAGUUGGCCUUAUAAAAUAGAUCUAACCAUAAAGUCCCGGGUCUGUAAUGAUACAAGCUUCACACAAAAUGAAACAAAAACAACAAUAAAUGCUCUACGAGACCUAAUAGAAAUAAUGCAAUGGUGGUCGUCUCUUGAAUGGCAAUCGUCUGCCGAUAUAUAUCAUCUGUUGUUCCAAAAAUAACUAAAUCAGGAAAUUUAACACCAAAUGAUUGAAUUAUUGUUAGAAUAUGUUAAGAUAUAUAUUAUAAAGAAUUAAAUCACCUUUUUAUUGUUGCUUUAUGUUGAUAAGUUUAUUAUUAUCUGUUAUAACUCUUUGUUUUGUAUAUAGACAAUGAACUUUGAUCCUGUGUGAUGAUUUCCCUAUGUUAUUAUUGAGUUUGAAGUCUUGUUUCCAUUUAUGGGGUUAAAAUGUAAUCGUAAUAUGAAUCGGUUUCUUGAGAUUACACCCGCGGACGUCAUUACCUGUGCAGUUUAUCUAAUAACAUUUCAUACCUGUGUCCCUUCUUUUAUCAUACUAAAAAACUUGGAGUGGACGAUAUUUGAAAUUUUAAUUAUUGCUAUUACUGCCAAUAACGAUCUAAAAACCCACAAUACAUUGUCAUUAUUGCAGCUUAUGCUGUGUUCUAUAAAAUACAAGGAUCUUUCAGAGAAUAUUAUUGAAGAAAUGGCGAUAAUUUAGGGCUAAUCGAUAUAUUGGAUUAUUGGGGUAUUUUUAUCGGUCAAUAAAAUUCACAUGUUGAUUUAUUGUCCAAUCCUACCAAAUAUCAUGGUAAACGGAAACCUUGCAUUCAGCAGUUAAUUUGUUGUAAUAGAUGCUGAUUGGUUGGGGGGGCAAGGGAUGGCGAAUGGUUAGCACAUGCACGCUGUAUCAUAAGAUCUGUCAUUGAGUCAACUGGCAUGGUUUCGAUCAUCCGGUUGUACGUGACAAGGAGUAGGGUCGCCUGGCUAACCUUAAUGAGAAGGGUUAAUUGUGACAACAUUAACCCUUGUCUGCAGAAAUGAAAUGGGGUUUAACGUCCUACUUUUCUGUGCCAACUUAUCCAAGUCCUUGUUUGCAGAUGAUGCCAUAACACACGACAGUACAGUUCGGUGAACUUAAGAAUUUUUUUCGGAAAUUCACCUGCACGUCAAACCUCAUAAAUGGAAGGAAUUGGUUUGUUUCAGUUGUUUUUUACGUUAUAUAUAUAAAGGUAACACAAGAAAAAAUGUUAAUUAAUAAAUUAUUAUGAAUAUGUUUUAAUGAUCAGUGUCAUCAGUCUAGUUUUAAUUUGCUGUGUUCAUAUGUCCAGAAGAUGACUAUAUUCUUGUAUUUAUAUAAAGUGGUGAUUCUUCUGGCAGGUAGGUUGGACGGCAUGUGGUAUAUUUCUAGCCCAAACUUGUAUGUGACAAUGACUAGCGCUGCCUGUUUUCUCCAGGUCCUCUAGUUUCCCCCGAAUUAUUGAAAUAAAAUUGUAUCAUAUGUUAGUUCAGUGUCAAUAAAUGUAUCUUGAUUCCUUAGAUUACAGACAUUUUGAUAGACCCCAUUAAACAUUUAAUUACUUUCACUUACCUUACGAGAGAAUUGUUUCUUGUCACAUGUAUAAUAGUACAUUGUUGUUCUAUUUAAAUAAAGGACUGCUUCGUAAGGACACGAGGGCCUUAUUCAUGAAAACUUAAACUAAAAUAUUUUAGCAAUUCAGCUCUUCCAUUGGCCAAUAGCUUAAAUUUAUUCUAUUAUUUUAAUCUUCAACAAAUACAGAGGCUGCAUCAUUAAAAAUAUUUUAAAUUAAGUUUUCAUGAAUUACGCCCCAGGACCCACAUCUAGAAAUUUAUCUGUUACAAAUUCUGUUGUCAGUCGAAAAGACCAUUACAUACCACUGCCCUGGUAAAUUCCAACCAUUAGGUAUAUAAUUUUAGUAAUACAAAUUAUAGUUAUUUUUGUGUUGACGAGAUGUUUAAAGUGAAUAAAUUAAUUAUGUAGUGAUUAAGAUGUUUAUAUAUUCGUGAUGUUGAUAAUCAUUAUUUCUGUAGUUGAAUAUUUUAUAAGUUAAAAUUAUUUUGUUUUUUUUAUUUACAUUCCCUUUCAUCAUGUCCCAAAUUCCUGUAGAAUUUUAACAACAAGAAAAUAAUCAUUUAAUCUUUACAAUGGAAUUCUACCUCAUAAUCCUGUCAACAAUCUAAGCAAAUUUUAAUAAACAAUUUUGAGGAAUCAGACUACUGAAAAAUUCAAAAAGAGUUAAAAUUGAUUUAAGUUAAAACCAGCAGUAUUCACAAAAUCAAACCUUUUGAAUUAAGACCAGCCGUAUCCAAAAUCAAACCAUUUGAAUUAAGACCAGCCGUAUCCAUUUGCCUUAUCUAGUUUUUAAACUAGAGAGCAACAAACUGAAUAUGGCUGUUAUUAUUUUGUUUGGCUGUUGGAUUAGAUGCCCCACCUCCCGAAGGUUUAAAUAUUAAUAUUAUAUUGGACGUCUAAAAGGUUAAACAAUGUUUCCACAAUUUCAGUAUUUAUAUAUAAAACCUACGGAGAGAUUGUUAAUCAACAAGGAUUUAUCCUGAUUUAUUUACUCUAUCUUUUGUUUCUUGUUAAAUCUAUGGAAUCAAAUUUAAAAUACAAAUAAUUUUGUAAUUAAAGUUGCAUUGCAUUGUGUAAGAUUUAGAUAAAAAUCUUAGUUUAAAAAUGGAUAAUUGAAAAUUACUUUAUUCAUAGCGAAGUUAUUAAUGGUUGAAGUUUUGACAAAAUUGGGCUGUGAUAAUAAGCAACGUCUCGAUUAUCCAUUUUGACUUGGGACGAGUGUUCUAAUCCAUUUAAUCGGUCAUCCAAUCAGCCUAUCAUGUGAAUAAAUGUCUAAUUAAUAAUUUAUAUAACAUUUGAUGCCAGAGGAAGUCCUGCAAUAGGUAGAGUUAGCUCUUACAUAAUGAACGUUUAACUGAAAGUAUUCAUAUUGCUCAAAAUGGCAUCCAUGGAUAAUGUUUUCUAUGAUUGAUAUUUAUGUUAUAGAUCAGAGCUUUGAGAGGAGGUGCUAUUACUAUAUAUUCUAUAUUCUAUUCCUGUCUGUAUAUUCAUAUUUACUCCAUGUCAGCAAACUUUGUAAUAUAUUUAUUUUAUGUUUUCUCUCAUCAAAAUACCUGACAUUAUAUAUAUCACGAGUAUGCCGGUUAUUUUGAAACGUACCCCUAGAUCUACUUGAAAUGUCAGUUAUUUUGAAAUGUAUCCUUGGGUCUACUUGAAACACCAGUUAUUUUGAAACAUACCCUUGGAUCUACUUGGAACACCAGUUAUUUUGAAACGUACCCUUGGAUCUACUUUGAAAUGCCAGUUAUUUUAAAACGUACCCUUUUAUCACUGUAAUAUGAAUAUCCUUUAAAUAGAAGAUUUGAUACUAUAUUCUCUUGGAUUCCAUUCAUAUAAAAUAUAUCUUGUUGAUAUAAUGAAAUUAGUUUAUAAUAUUAAUAGAUAGAUAGAUUUUAUUCUAUGAAUUAAACAUGUAAAUAGAUGUAAAAUACAGGAAUAAAGCUGUGUGAUCACUUGAAUAA